CUACACUAAUUGCAUGUGUAUGAAUACAUUGACGCCCUUUAUAUAUCUCUGCUCAGUUUUUACUUCUCUUGCUUCCUUUUUCUCUGAUUGACACACAAUCACAAUGCUCUACAAUGUGUUUAGCUCCGGAAUUUUAAAGCCAGAAUCAAGAUUGUUUAGUGGAAGUUGCAUAAAGAUAUGAUUUUUACCAACAGGGAGUAAAUUCAGAUGAAGUACAAUUGAAUUCUUGAGAUUUUAAGGUCAAAACAGCUGAAAAUUCCAGUGAUCUGUGUGAUUCUUGGGCUUGAUUGUUAUUACACAGAGUCUUUUCAAGUGUAUCUAAUAAUAUUACCAAGAAUGUCUUCAUGGGAUCAUUUUGGGGCGAUAGCAAACGUAGCCCAACUAGCCGGAUUCGACGCGGUGAAGCUGAUUGGGAUGAUAGUGAAGGCUGCAAACACAGCAAGAAUGCACAAGCAGAACUGCAGGCAAUUUGCUCGGCAUCUCAAGCUGAUUGGGAACUUGCUGGAGUGUCUCAAGAUUUCGGAGAUGAAGAGGUAUCCAGAAACUCGAGAGCCGUUGGAGCAGCUCGAGGAUGCAUUGAGGAGGUCCUACAUUUUGGUUAACAGUUGCCAGGAUAGGAGUUACUUCUAUCUGCUGGCUAUGGGAUGGAACAUUGUCUAUCAGUUCAGGAAGGCUCAGAAUGAGAUUGAUCAAUAUUUGAAGAUCAUACCCCUCAUUACCCUCGUUGAUAAUGCUCGUGUUCGGGAACGAGUUGAAAUGAUUGAAAUGGACCAACAUGAGUAUACACUUGACGAAGAGGACAGGAAGGUGCAAAAUGUGAUUCUCAAACGCGGCCAAUCACAACAUGAUGCCAUUGUUUUGAAGAAAACCCUUUCGUGUUCCUACCCAAAUAUGCCCAUUGAUGAGGCCAUACGAAAGGAAAACCAGAAGCUCCAGUUAGAACUGCAACAUUCACAAGCUAAUUUGGACGUUGGCCAGUGUGAAGUGAUCCAGCAUCUGCUUGAAGUUACUGAAACCGUUGCAGCAACUUCUUUGCAAGAUAAAAGUUCGCUUGUAAAAGAAUCGAAGGUGGAGAAGGCUCAUUCGGAUGUCAACAGUGAGAAGGAACGUAGUUACUCUAAUAACAGUAGAAAUCCACCACCUUCAAGGAACACAUCUUCCGUUUCCUCAACACAUGAGUUGCUGUCAUAUAAAGGUUCACCUGGCGAAUGGCAUUCAGAUUUACUCGGCUGCUGUUCAGAACCUCUUCUUUGCAUGAAAACCUUAUUUUUUCCUUGUGGCACACUGUCGAGAAUUGCUUCAGUGGCAGCUAAUAGACACAUAUCUGCUGCAGAGACAUGCAACGACCUGUUGGCGUAUUCUUUAAUAUUGUCAUGCUGCUGCUACACUUGUUGCAUCAGAAGGAAACUCCGCAAAAUACUCAACAUCAAGGGAGGCUUAGUUGAUGAUUUUCUGUCGCAUCUGAUGUGCUGCUGCUGCGCCCUCGUCCAAGAACGGCGAGAAGUUGAGGCUUGUGAAGUUAAAGGUGUCGAGGCUACGGAAACAAACCCACCGGCUAUACAAUACAUAGAAUACUAGACGAGAAAAUGGAAGCGUCGUGUGGUUGUAUGAAGGUAAAAACUUGUAUUAAUCAGAACCUCAUAGUAUGAUAGAAGAGGAAUUUGCAGCCAUAUAUGAGUAGAAAUUUGGAUUUGUUUUCUAGAUGUUCUUGUUUUCACCAUUCUGUACAGUCAUAAUAAUUCUUUCAGGUCAUGGAAAUUAUAGCAGCUACAGUUUGAUGUUAGGACAAUUUUUUUCAACUAGAUUUUACUAUAUGGUUUGCUAUUAUACCACAUUGUUUUAUGUU